AUGGAGUUUAACAAACCUGAAGUUCUGGUAUUGACCGGGAAUAUCAGCGAUAACUUCAAACGGUUCAAGCAUGAAAUACUAAUUUACUUUUUGGCUACGGAAACAACGAAGAAAUCACAUGAAAUUCAAGUUGCACGGUUGUUAAACUUAUUAGGUAGUGAUGGAAACAGGUUGUUAGAAACACUCCCUGUUGAACAUCAAAGGGUUGAUGAAAUACUGGAAGCACUAGAAAAAUAUUGCAUUCCUCGUCAAAAUGAAAUUAUGGAAAAUUUUCAAUUUUUCACGAGAAAGCAACAAGAAGGUGAAAAGUUUGAUCAGUUCUAUGCAGAUCUACGGAAGCUGGCUAAAAUAUGUGAAUUUGGCCAGUGUGAAGAGAAAUUAUUAAAAACACAAAUAGUAUUGGGUAUCACCGACAAAGAAUUACAAACUCGGUUGCUGAGGGAAGAUCCGACUCUAAACAAUGUAAUCAAACACUGUCAGCUGGUGGAGCAAGCAGAAAUACAUCGUCGUAUAGUUCAAGAGGAAUCAUCAAAUGAAAUCAACGUCGUUGAACAGAAUUCAUAUCGCAGAAACACAGAACACAAACAAAACAAGAAAAAGGCUACAAAUACUGAUUGGAAGAAGAAAGAAGGUGAGCUUAGCAGACAGAAAGGUAAUAAUAAUACAUGUAAUAAAAAUGUAAAAAAAAAACAAAUUAUUAAUUGUAAUAGAUGUGGACGUAAUCAUAAUUUAAAUGAGUGUCCAGCGUUUGGACAAGAGUGUAAAGGUUGCGGGCUAUUAAAUCAUUUUGAAAUUAAAUGUAGGAAUAAAGAAAAACAUUUGGUGAAUACCAUGGUAACUAAAGAAAAUAAUUUGUCAUUAGAUACAGUAGAAAUAAAUGAGGUGAAUAAAAGUGAUAGAUGUUGGACUAAUAAAUUAAUAAUUGAGAAUAUUGAGUCUGAAGUGAAAUUGGAUACGGGUGCACAAAUAAAUGUAUUGCCAAUAAGUUUCUUCAAAAAACUUGAUAAAACAGCUCAAAAAAGUAAUAUAGUAAUCACAGCAUUUGGAGGAUUUAAAAUAAAUUCUGUGGGUAAGGUCAAGUUAUGGGUUCAAAGUCGAAAUAUCAAGCAUGAGACAGAAUUUGAGAUCGUUGAUUAUAUAGGAUUGCCUAUAAUCAGUUAUAAUGAUUGUAUUAAGUUUAAAUUUAACAUACCGUCAGAAAUAAAUGUAGUAAAAUUAGAAGAUAAAGAAAAACAAGAAUUUAUACAGAGGAACAGUGAUGUAUUUGAAGGAUUAGGUAAUUUCCCAGAUAAAAUAAAUAUUAAAUUAAAUAAAGAGGCAAUUCCUAAGGCAUGUCCACCGAGGAGGGUGCCUAUUAAAAUAUAUGAUCGGGUAAAGGAAACUUUAGUUAGAAUGGAGAAAUUAAAAAUAAUUAAAAGAGCUAAAGAGCCGUGUGAAUGGCAAAGUAAUAUGGUAACUGUAGAAAAGCCAGACAAAACAUUAAGAAUUUGCAUUGAUCCCAGGGAGUUAAAUAAAUUCAUUAUUAAAGAACGUUAUCAAAUUCCUUCGUUAGAAGAACUAAAGCCUAAAUUAGCAAAUAAAAAAUUUUAUACACUGUUAGAUCUUAAAGACGGGUACCAUCAAUGUGAACUUGAUCAAAAUUCCCAAAAAUACUGUAGUUUUUCAACACCAUUUGGCACUUAUCAAUUUCUAAGACUUCCGUUUGGGUUGUCUAGUGCCCCAGAAAAAUUCCAAGAACUUAUUUAUAAGUAUUUUGGUCACAUAAAAAAUGUUGUGGUGUAUUUUGAUGACAUAUUGAUUAGUGCUACAAAUAAAGCAGAACAUGAUGAAAUUUUAAAUGAGGUCAUACAACAAGCUAGGAAGUUAAACAUAAAAUUUAAUCCUAAAAAAUUACAAUUAUGUGUAACAAAAGUAAAGUUUUUAGGAUUUAUUUUUGAUGAAAAAGGAGUUUACCCUGACCAGGAAAGAAUUCAAAGCAUACAAAAUCUAAAAGAACCAACCAAUAAAAAAGAAUUACAGUCAUUUUUGGGAAUGGUAAACUACCUUAGAGAAUUUAUUCCUAACAUGUCCGAAAUAACAGGUUCAUUGAGGUCCCUGUUAAAGAAAAAUAUAAUUUGGUCGUGGGAUACGCACUGCCAAAAUUCGUUUAGUAAAUUAAAAGAAAUCCUAAGUGCACUUCCAACUUUAAGUAAUUUUAAUAGUAAAAUAGGUAAUCUAGAAAUACAAUGUGAUGCAUCUCAAGGGGCGUUAGGGUGUUGUCUGUUCCAAAAUAAAAGACCAAUACAUUUUGCUUCUAGGAGUUUAACAGAGACAGAGACAUCUUAUGCACAAAUAGAAAAAGAAAUGCUAGCUAUAACGUUUGCAUGUUCUAAGUUUCAUUAUCUAAUAUAUGGUCAAAGUAGUGUUAAAAUAUUCACAGAUCAUAAGCCACUAGUUUCUAUAAUGGGUAAAGAAAUUCAUAAAAUUCCCAAUAAUAGAUUAAGGCGAUUAUUAAUUAAAUUAAUGAUAUAUGAUCUUUCAGUAAAUUAUUUGCCAGGUAAGCAGAUGUAUGUGGCUGAUUACCUUAGUAGAAAUUAUGUAGUGACACAAAGCAUUGUAGAUGUAGAUCUAGAGGACACAGUACACAUAGUCAAUGAAAUUGAUAUAGAGUUUACUAAUGAAAAAGAAAAGGAGUUCAUACAGGCUACAGAUAGUGAUCAAGAUUUAAAUAAAAUUAACCAAUUCAUAAAAACAGGGUGGCCUGAAAAUAUAAAAAAUUUGGAGGGUGAAUUAAAACACUUUAGCAAGAUAAAAAAUGAACUUUUAAUUGAAAACAAUUUGAUAUAUUAUGGUAUGAGGUUAGUGGUUCCUAAGCUUUUAAGACAAUAUAUAAUUAAAAAACUUCACGAAACACACCUAGGUGUCGUUAAAACAAUUGAGAAAGCAAAAACUGUAUUUUAUUGGCCUGGGAUGAGUUCUAAUAUACAGAAUUAUAUUACAGCAUGUGUAGUAUGUUUAAAAUUCAGUAGAAGUAAAGUUAAAGAACCAUUGCUAAGCCACAGUAUACCAGAUUUUCCUUUUUUGAAAAUUGGUAUAGAUAUUGCUGAAGUAGGGGGAAGAAACUAUCUAAUUGUAAUGGACUAUUACUCAAGGUGGCUUGAGAUUCUUAAACUUAAACAAAAAACUAGCACUGCAGUAAUUAAAAAAUUAAAAAAAGUUUUUAGUAGGUUUGGAAUACCUGAAGUUAUUAUAGCUGAUAACAAUCCUUGUGGUAGUCUUGAAUUUAAAAAAUUUGCUUCAGCCUGGGGUUUUACUAUCAUAAACUCAAGUCCUAAUUAUCCUAAAAGUAAUGGGUUAGCGGAGAAGGCUGUUGGUAUAGCAAAGAUGCUAAUUAGAAAAUCGACUCAUGAAAAACAGGAUUUAGAGCUGUACUUACUAAAUUAUCGCAAUGCGCCUAUUACAGGAUUGCAGUGUACGCCAGCUCAACUGUUACAAAGCAGAGAAGUAAGAUCUAAAAUGAAUGUGGUACACAGAAAAAAACUAUUUAAACCUGUUAUACAAAACUGUGUAGAGAAAAUGAGGGACUCAAAAAGAAAACAAGCUUUGUAUUAUAACAGAGGUGCGAAUAAAAAUAUUAGUUGCUUUGAGGAAGGUGAAAAAGUUUAUAUGCAGGACAAGUGUACAAAAAAUUGGCAUGAAGGAAAGAUAAUUAAAAAACUGAAAGAACCCAGAUCAUACUUAGUGAAAGACAGAAAUGGUAGGAUGUUAAGGAGGAAUACCAGUUUUCUUAAGAAAAUAGGAAUAAGGAAACAGAUCAGAGUAGAGGGUGAAAGAGAGGAGUAUGGCAAGUUAAGUAAUGAAGAACAUUACAACAAGAUUUGUAAUCAAGCAUAUCAAAAAGAAGAUAGAACCAGGAUAGGGAGAAAGGUGGUAAAACCUAAAAAAUUAGACUUAUAA